CUCUCCAGAGUCUGUGGGGUCAGGGUGACUACGAACAAGAGAUGGACGAGAUGUUAGCGGAGCAGGCGGCCAUCGAUGCGGCGCCACCAAAGACCCCUCUGCAGCUGCUGAGGGACAGGACCGUCCGAUGGCAGCUUCUCACCAUGUCCAUCAUCUUCUGGUCCAACCAGCUGUCGGGCAAGUCCGCGAUCAGUACUUUCUCUUUUGACAUCUUCCUGAAGGCAGGCCUACCGAGAGACAAAAUCCGCUACGUAACUCUUUGUCUCGGAGUGUCUGAAAUCAUCACCUCCAUCUCCUGUGGCCUGUUGAUGAUUGAGCACAGUGGGAGGAGGCCGUUGUUCUGGGGCGGUUAUGGUGUCAUGGGUGCCAGCUUGGUGUUUGUCACUGUAACGCUCAACCUGAAGGAUUCCAGCGAGUGGGUUCCAUACAUCACGGUUAGUUUGAUCAUCCUCUUCAUCAUCUCCUUUUCCGGAGGACCUGGGGGAACCACAGGUACUCUCCACAGUGAGCUCUUCAUCCAGAGCGACCGAAUGGCAGCUUUUGUCCUCAUUGGGUCCCAACACUGGUUUUUCUUCGCUUUGCUGGGACUAGUCUUUCCAUUCGUUAUC